AUGGGUCGAUUCCACCACUUCCACCUGGUUCUGGUUUUAUUCUUACUACUUGCUACAAUCUUUAUGGCUCAGGCAGUGGAUUGUGGAUCUGUAAUUGCAGAGAGAAAACUGAGGCUGAGAGUUCGAGCCUUGCUUGAGAAGGAGCAGAAAAGCAUAGCAGAUCCACCAUCAGAAAAGGAGAGAGAAGAAGCAGAGGCUCCAGAAGAAGAAAAGGAGGAGAAUGAAGUACAUCAUUCUUCUGAUAAAUCAGUAGCUGGUGGUGGUGUUAUCAUUGGUGGCCUUGUUACUGCCAUUUUUGCAGCUGUUUAUUGCUACAUUCGGGUCACUCGAAGAAGAAAAACGACAAUUGAUGGUCAAAUUAUUGUUUGA